CUUUGACCAGAACACACUAAACGAGUUUUGCAGAAAUUUUAAAACCUUUUAUUCGCUGUAGAAUAUUCAUAUAUUGAAUUUGAUUUUUGUGAAUAUUACAUGAACGUAUUUAUAAGUAAUAAAAACGUAUUUAAUUUUUUGCACUCCGAUAUAUGGUGCGCACAUACGUACAAGCAGAAAGAUUGUGUAAACUGUUUUCUGGACGAGAAGCGCUGAGAGAGCACUGAUCGACUGCUCUGUAUAUAUUGAAAUAGUGAUCUGACCAACACAAUUUUUAGAAUGGAAUAUUUCCCUUGUUUAUUUAUUUUAGCUUUCAGCAUGCGAGCAAUAAUCGUAGCUUUUGUGGCCAUCUCCCUUGGAGGGUCUGCCUAUGCUCUGGAAAAUGGUCUUGUUCGCACUCCACCGAUGGGCUGGCUAGCUUGGCAAAGGUUUAGGUGCAUCACGAAUUGCACCCUGUACCCUGACGACUGCAUAAGUGACAAAUUAUUCCGGACGAUGGCCGACCUCUUGGUGUCAGAAGGCUAUGCAGCUGUUGGUUACAAUUACAUCAACAUCGACGACUGCUGGCUGUCGAAGGAACGAGGUCCCGAUGGGCGUCUGCAGGCUGACCCUGAGCGUUUCCCUUACGGAAUCAAGGAUCUCGCUGCCUAUGUCCACUCUAAAGGGCUAAAUUUUGGAAUCUACGAAGAUUUCGGCAACUUUACUUGUGCCGGUUAUCCUGGUGUCAUCGAUAACCUCAAGCUUGAUGCCGAAACAUUUGCCUCCUGGGACGUGGACUACAUCAAGCUAGACGGUUGCUAUGCCGAGCUUGAACAAAUGGAGACUGGCUACCCAGAGUUUGGCUUGUACAUGAAUCAAACUGGCCGGCCUAUGGUCUACUCCUGCAGCUGGCCAGCCUACCAGACAGAGCAAGGAAUUGACCCUAAUUACGCUGUCCUGGCUGAGCACUGCAAUCUGUGGCGCAACUACGACGACAUCCAGGACUCUUACGCCAGUCUGCGACACAUCAUCGAUUAUUUCGGCCAAAAGCAGGACAACAUGACACCGCACGCAGGCCCGGGACACUGGAACGACCCCGAUAUGCUGCUCAUCGGCAACUACGGGCUUAGUUACGACCAGAGCAGGAUGCAAAUGGCCAUCUGGGCUAUUCUGGCUGCACCGCUUUUCAUGUCGGUGGACUUGCGUACAAUCCGCCCUGAGCACAAGGAAAUUCUGCAGAACACCCGCAUCAUUGCUGUUAACCAGGACCCCCUCGGAAUCCAGGGCCAAAUCGUUUACAACACUAGCAAAAUUGAGAUCUGGACCCGCAAAAUCACGCCAGUUCAGGGAGACCAGUACUCGUAUGCCAUUGCAGUGGUCAGCCGUCGCGAUGAUGGAUACCCAUACAGGGUGCAAGUUCCACUGAGAGAUGCUGGCCUCACGAACCCCUUAGGAUACUUGGUCCAGGACCUAUAUGGAGAUACAACAGAAAACUUGCUGCUACCCGAUGACUUAAUUGAUGUUCGAGUCAACCCAUCAGGUGUCGUCUUCUGGAGAGCCAACAUUGUUACAGAUGUGCCAAGUGUAACAACUAUUUACUGAAAUGACUAAAAAUAAACCUAUGGCGAUCCCCAACAUGCACGGCAAUUAUAACUUUUGGAGAACACAUUAAUAUUCAUUUAAGGUGGCGUGGGUCACGUGGGUGGAAUAAAAACAAAUAAAAAAGUUUCAUUAUGAAAAGAA